UCUUACGAAACUGAUGCAAGGUUCGAAAGCGAAAGGAGGCACUGCGGUCACGGCAACAGCAAAAGAUCGAAACACGGAAGGCAUUCCUUUUAAAAAUGGAGUCGAGUAGUCUUUCUUCGAGCUCCCUGACGUCCGAAGAUCAGGGAUCAACGAAGCGGAAGACGAUCAACAAGGUCAAUGAGGACGACAUCGAGUACGACAUAACGUUCCCUUCGCCGAACAAGCAAUCGGACACGCUGCCGACGCCGAAAGAGCCGGUUGUUUACCUACUCGGCUGGGCCGGCUGCAAGGACAAGCACCUGUCAAAGUAUGGGUCUAUCUACGAAGACGAAGGGUGCAUCACGAUACGCUACAUCGCUCCAGUGAAGCACUUGUUUCACCGAAAAUGCGACGGCGUCCUAGAAGAGCACGCGUACACGCUACUGAGUCUGCUCGAAGACUUCAAGCUCGAAGACCAUCCGCUGUUCUUUCACGUCUUCAGCAACGGAGGUGCCUUCGUCUACCUUCUGAUGAGUCGACAGUUCCGAGACCGCGUCGACAUCAUGUCAAAGAUCCGUGGCGUGGUCUUCGACAGCGGGCCGGCCCGCGUCGGGUUCUGGCAGGGCGUCCACGUGAUGGCAUCGUUCGUGAGCACCAAGAUGCCACUACGGUACGUCGUGGCAUUCUUCUGGGCCCUCACUGUGUGGCUGUACUCAACGCUCAACUGGGUGGGGGGCCUGUUCCUCAACAUGCGCCGCCACGCGUCCACCUUCGACAGCCUGCUCGAAGAACAGCCCCUGUGUCCGCAACUGUUCCUCUACUCCAAGAAGGACGCCGUCUGCUCCCACGACAGCAUCGCCGCCUUUGCAGAGGCCAGGAGAACACGAGGCGUUCCAGUCGAAGAGGUCGUGUGGGAGGACUCUCCGCACGUGCAGCACUUUGUGCUGAAUCGGCAGAGAUACGUCGGCAGCGUCGUCGACUUCAUGAAGCGGUGCCUCGAGGGAAAGGUCGUGCUGACCCCGACUGCUGUCAAGAAGCAACUUUGAGCCUGCCGCAGCAGUUAGGGCUGUGGAUGAGGGGGUAGAAAAAUCUGCCCGACAUUCCCCGAGUGAGGCGGCCACGGAUCGCGAGCACCAUGGACAAAGCACACAUUCUUCGACGAUGCCGAGCAUUGCACGAGUGUUUAUCGGAGCGGUCUGCGUCUGCCAUCAACUGUCCACAUCUCGCGACACAAACUUUUUUUGCAGACAUAUAUGUCACAUCUGCAGGUUAGGGCAUGUUGCGACACGUAUCACAGCAUGCAACGAUCACUUGUUUCACGUUUGUGAAAUGCAAGGUUACUUAUGGACGAAGUGUCGAAGCAUGGUCAGGGGCCACCGGGUCAUAUGCAAGCUUUGGGAAUUCUGGUGCUGUCCUUCAGGUGCAGACCAGGAUCUAGAAUACGUAAGCAGCAUAUUUUGUAAAAAUAGCCAUUUCACAAUUGUAGUUGAAAAAGCUACAUUUGGGAAUAGAAUAUACCACUAGACAUCAGUAGUGAUGACAUCACCCGAAAUCACUCGAGUGUUUGCCCCGUCGACAAUGAGACAUAGAAAAGUUGAAGAAUUUAGAAGCCAUUGGAACACCGGUGUACAUGAACUGCUCGUGAAUAGAAUAACUUACGGUAUUCAUCUUGUGAAAUAGAAAGGCAAUUUAAAUUAUGAGAUGAAGAAUAAGCUAGGGUUGCUUAGAAUUGAGUGAAUACAGUACGGCACACCUUACACCCAGGUACACCAUGCCCGCAUAAGAUUCCACAUAUCCUAGCUGCAUACCGUCACAAUUUUCUUUAUUUUAUUUUAUUUUCUCGCAAGAUCACUGCCCUAUUGUUUAUGUUCACAUUACGGAUUGUGGGAGCUGCAUUGCAUCUUUGACCGUUUAAAGUAUCAUAGAUUGCAAUGCUUAAUUAGGACAUGCCUCUACAAGCAUCUCGACAGACACAAUGUGAUAUUUUUUUUCAUCCUAUUUUUGUUAUAUUUAAUAUUGGUGGUUGCCAUUGUAUAUUUAAAUAAAUCUGAAAUGAUACAAAA